ACUUGUUUCAUUAAAAAAAUUAUGGUGUUACUUCCCACUCCUAAACUUAACUCCAUUUUUAUCGUUACUUUAUACGAGAAAGUAAAGAAAUGCGUGUCUAAUAUUUUUUCAUUAUAUGACGGAAUAAUUAGAUUUUUAAUUUUCAUACCCUGGCAACUAUCCUAUUAUAAUAACCUAAGACACCUCAUCAUCCUAGAAAUAAAUUACGGUUUCACUUAAAUAGUACAAGGUACUUAGAAGGACUAUUUUAUCACAUCUUAAACCUAUUUUUUAUUUUCUUUUCAUUACCUGUAGAUUCACCGUAUCUAAUAUCUACUUUCUCCUAUUUCCAGGCGGCGGCUGCAACUUCCCAGAAGGCUGGACGGGAGGCUGGUUCCAGUCGGGCAUACCAGGACUCAUCUACAUCAACUCCACCACCAUGCAGGGCAAGGGGGACUGCGCUGAAACAGACUCCAAUGAUAAGUUCUUGGUUUACGACAGGAACGAAGACUGCUACAGAUGUUUAGUCAUACAUGAAAAACACAAAUACGUACUACAGUAUAAAGAAACAUACUGCAGAGAGCGAGACUCUCUAUCAACAAUGUGUGAGUCCAUCACUGGGGACGCAGCCCUAUACUCCAUGUUCAGAAAGGAACCCCGGCCGCUCCCGGAGCCCUGUCCCUUCCAUCCAGCGCCGUUCACAUUUACUUACAGUCGUGGUUCAGGUGACUGCGCGAACCCACCGUCUCGUGCGGAGUCGUGCACGGAUGACUCGCGUCUGCUACUGCGGUACAUGGCCUGUCCUGAUGUGCCGGGCACUGAGAGCAACGUUGAGGAGCUGAUCUGCUUGGCCACAUGGAAGGAAGGCUCCACGCGGUACCUGGUGGGUCUUAUCUCACAAGUACAGAGGAGAAACUCUAUCUCCACUGACGAGGAUAUGUACAGCUGGGUGGUGGAACACCACAAGUGGUUCAGUCUGGACCACACGCACCAGUAUCAUUUUACCACCAAGAACGCCACGCUCAAGAUUAUGAAUGAAGACGGUUCGUUCGAGGAGAAGCGACUGGUGUGUCACUCUAUCCUGGAACAGAAGGACAAACAAUACGUCAAGCUGGUCGCGCAUCUCACUAGAGGAUGCAACCUCACUGUAUCCGAUGCGUUGUCCAAUGCUGGGCCGCUACACAGUCACGACGCUGCCGGCGAGGAGGUGGCGGAGAAGCCCGUGGAGUGCGUGAUGGGCCAGUACGACAGCGCCAGCGUCGGCUGCGGGGCCGCGCAGGACACCAUCGUCUUCCAGUCCGCCUGCACCAGCACCGCCUGGGGCUGGUGGUGGCGGGCGCCGCGCGGGGCUCGGCCCGCCCACACGCGCUCUGCUUCCUCUACACCAACUAUAUCGCCAAUGUACCUAUCCCUGUCGGGAGUGUCCCGGUCGUGUGACCGCGCCGUGCUGCCCGGCCUCGCGGGGGACAAGGCGUACAAUCUUACGCUCAAUGGUACGUGUGAGCAGAGUAGCAAGUACAACAGUCUAGCAGUGAAACUGUACCCAGCGUUAGUAGUUCUGCUGAUACCCCUAGCGAUUCUAGCGCGGUGAUACGCCGCCUACCGCUGAGGCGAGACGGGGCUCCCACUGCAAAGAGUUUAAAUAUUUUUCAGUUCAUUUUUUGUUUUUUUACUGAAGUCCCAUAUAUAUGUCAAUAAUAGAAUUAUAUGUUAUUUAACUGAAAUCCGUACUAUAGUAUAAAAUGUCUAGAUUUUUAUUCCGCCAAAUCUGAUUAGUCCGUCGUCAGUUAGGUAAUGGAAAAAUAUUAGACACGUAUUUUUUAUUUUGUCGUAUAAGAAAACAAUACUUAGAUAAAAUGAAUCAAAGUUUAGGAGUGGGAGGUAGCUACGUCAUUUUAGAGUAUAAAUUAUACUCAAAAGUGACGUCACGCGAUAUUUCAAAUCAAUACAUC